ACAACUGAGGUCUUCACUACCUUCCCUUCGAAAUCUGCGCAGGAAGUUAAAAAAAAAAAAACAAAACCGUAGCAAUGGCGGAGGAGGCAACGAAUCCCAGCAACUCUCCCCCCAGAGCAACUGAUUGCGUUGGACUGAGAGAACCACAACUCUGCCAUUUCCUGAGACGGUUUGGUCUUUGGGAAGUGCAAAAGCAAAGUUAAGAAGCGUUCUUGUUCAUCCGUUUGGACCUCCUGGCCGAUUGUCGCUCCCUUCCGUCAUUUUUGGGCAGUUCUGAGCUCUUGAACUGGCUUGGGCAAAAGCAUCCAGAGACCCUAGGAUUGCAGAAGGCCAACUGUCUCCACUGGAGAAAAGGAUCCUGCGUUGUGGUGGUGUGCAUACAACAGCAGCAAGAAACUUGGUUACUCAGAAACGCCAAGAGGAGAGGAAGGUGCUCUGUGGGGAACAAGCUCAUUCUCUUGACUACUGGCUUGCAAGAGCAGAGUCUUACUAUAAUAAAAGAAUGGUGGAUAUGAUGAAAAGGGAAGGUGCAGGGGUUAAAGCAAAGAAGAAAGUGGAAGAGGAAACAUCACCAAACAUAGAGGGGCAAGAAAAAUAUUACUGUGUAUCUGAGAGAGAGAAGAAACAAAUAAAAAGGCACAUUCGUAGAGCAAGCCAGGCCAGAGAAUUUAAGACCAAAACCUGGAGACAGCCACGAUUCAGUGAAACACUACCCAAAAUAAUUUUGCCAGAAAAGCCUAGCAUCCCAAAAGAACAGAGAAGAAGGCAGGUAAAUGAGAGAGAACUGCUCCAAAUUAAAGACCAUCAAGAACGCAUGAUUCGAGGGAGGGAACUUCUAGAGCAAAGACUCAAAGAAAGAAUCUUGAGAAAAAGCCAGAGCCAGAUUCCACAACCAGAGAAGCGCAGUCGAGGGAAGAAAGAAGGAAAAGAGUUUGAAAGGGUAGUUGCAUACCCACUUUUCCAGCCGUCCAACACAAGUCGGAUUAAAGUGGAUAUUCUCAUGGAAAAAUACCCGGAUGAAGAGAAAGUGAGCAGAAUUAUAAAACCGUAUGGAAGGAAAUUCUUGGCUGUACCACCCUUUUUGAGAACUCAAAUAGGAAAAUUAAAGGAUCAGUAAAGUUUCAGACCUUUGAUAAUGAAACCAUGUUUUUUGGGGGUGGUGGUGGGAGGUUAAUACAGGGUUUCUCUGUGUAGCUGGCUGUCCUGAAAUUCACUUUGUUGACCAGACUGGCCUGGAACUCAGAGAACCACCUGCCUCUGCCUCCUGAGUGUUGGGAUUAAAGAUGUGU